AUGGGCGGGUGCGCGUCCAAGAGCGCCGCGAAGGACUGCGACGUGCGCAGCGCAUCACGGGCCGUGCCGAGCGACGACGCCAGCGGCCGCCCGCGUCCACGUCGAGGCGAGAGCGGCGCAAAGGCCGCUGCAGCUGAUACGGCCGCAGCGCAUUACGUGCCGACCCGGUCGGCGCGCCAGCGGCCGCCGCCGUCGACGGUGGACUUCCCUGACUUUAAGGACAAGGAGAAGAACGUGGUCGAGACGAUGCUCGAGAGCAACAAGGGGCUGCGGAUGGCCGAGAUCAAUUUCAACGACCUGAAGCUGCAGAAGAUCAUUGGCGCCGGCGCGUUUGGCGAAGUGAUCAAAGGCACGUACUGCGGCACGCCGGUCGUGGUCAAGCGCAUGCUGCGGACGAAGAUCACGGAGGACAAUCUGCGCAUGUUUGGCGACGAGAUUCAGCUCAUGAUGAACUUGCGGCACCCGAACAUUGUGCAGUUUAUUGGCGCGAGCUGGAACUCGUACUCCAACAUUUGCUUUGUCACCGAGUUCUUGGAGAGAGGGGACCUGUUUGUGGUGCUGCGUAACGCAGAGAACAAGAUGACGUGGGCCAAACCGAUCUUGCGCAUGACGAUUGACACGUCGCGCGGGAUGGCCUACCUGCACAGCAUGAAGCCUCCCAUCAUCCAUCGUGACCUCAAGAGCAUGAACAUUCUUGUCAGUUCCACGUGGGGCGCCAAAGUGAGCGACUUCGGUCUAAGCCGCGAAAAGUCCGUCGACGAAACUAUGAGCGUGACAGGGACACCGCUGUGGCUACCGCCCGAGAUGAUCCGCGGAGAGCGCUACACGGAGAAAGCAGAUGUCUACAGUUUCGGUAUCGUGUUGGCAGAGCUGGACACGCGCAAAAUCCCGUACCACGACAUCAAAGCGAAAGGUGCUCGUAACAAGAAGGUGUCGGGCAGCACGUUGAUGCACAUGGUGGCAUACGACAACCUUCGCCCGUCGCUGAGCAAGAACUGCAUGAACAGCGUGCGUGAUUUGUACGAGCGCUGCACUUCGGACGACCAGUCAAUGCGUCCUACUUUCGAGGAGAUUGUGCAGUUUCUCGAGAACGACGUGCGCAAAGAGACGCUCGUACGCGCGAACGAGGAGCUGAACGUAAGUGAGGAAGACCAAAGCGGAUCGGAUGUCUCUCCCGAGGAGCUCGGCGUCCAUCACGCCACACGCUACGUGGAUUGA